GAGCUCUGCGCCAUGAGGCUUAGGGAUCAAUACACCGAGAGGCAGGAGCAGAGAAACACCGAGGCACUGUGAGAAGAACAACACAACCAGCCUGUUAUUAUUAACCACAGUAACAAGUUUCAACAGGUCAUACCAGCAGCAGCAGCAGCAGCAGCGAUGAACGGACAGAUUAACGGGUUUCAUAACUCCCUCAUUGAAGAGGACUGCUUCUUGUUCACGUCUGAGUCGGUCGGAGAAGGACACCCCGACAAAAUCUGCGACCAGAUCAGUGAUGCGGUUCUGGACGCUCAUCUCAAGCAGGACCCGGAUGCUAAAGUAGCUUGUGAGACUGUCGCCAAGACUGGGAUGAUCCUCCUGGCCGGUGAGGUGACAUCACGUGCCACAGUGGACUACCAGAAAGUUGUCCGCGAAACAAUCCGCCAAAUUGGAUACGAUGACUCCUGCAAAGGCUUCGACUACAAGACCUGUAAUGUUCUUGUUGCCUUGGAGCAGCAGUCUCCUGACAUCGCUCAAGGUGUUCACAUUGACCGUAAUGAGGAGGACAUCGGCGCAGGGGACCAGGGCUUGAUGUUUGGAUACGCCACAGACGAGACCGAGGAGUGCAUGCCUCUCACCAUCGUCCUCGCUCACAAGCUGAACGCCAAGAUGGCUGAACUGCGUCGCAACGGCACCCUGCCAUGGCUCCGACCGGACUCGAAGACGCAGGUGACCGUCCAGUACCGUCAGGACCGCGGCGCCAUGCUUCCUGUGCGCGUGCACACAAUUGUUGUCUCUGUGCAGCACGAUGAGGAAAUCUGCCUGGAGGAGAUGAGAGACGCCCAAGAGAAAGUCAUCAAGGCGGUGGUUCCCUGCAUCUACUUGGAUGAUGAUACCGUCUACCAUCUGCAGCCAAGCGGACGUUUUGUUAUCGGGGGCCCUCAGGGUGAUGCUGGUCUGACUGGACGUAAAAUCAUUGUCGACACCUAUGGAGGCUGGGGAGCCCACGGCGGUGGCGCCUUCUCGGGGAAAGAUUACACAAAGGUGGACCGCUCGGCUGCUUAUGCUGCACGCUGGGUGGCCAAGUCUCUGGUGAAGGCCGAGCUGUGCAGGAGGGUUCUGGUCCAGGUGUCUUAUGCUAUCGGAGUCGCCCAUCCCCUCUCCAUUUCUAUCUUCCAUUACGGGACCUCCAACAAGAGUGAGAGAGAGCUGCUUGAUAUUGUGAAGAGGAACUUUGAUCUGCGCCCCGGAGUCAUUGUCAGGGAGCUGGAUCUGAAGAAGCCCUUGUAUCAGAGGACCGCAGCCUAUGGCCACUUUGGCCGAGACGCCUUCCCAUGGGAGGUGCCCAAAAAACUUAAGUACUAAACCUGUUAAGCUUUUCCCCCCAGGCCUGUUGGUGUAUACUACAGAGAAGCCUCCAAGGUCCCGGGGGUGAAAUGCGCUCAUCUCUCAUUAUGGCAUCUUUUUAA